AUGGCCGACAGUUCUUGCAGCGGCUCCGCGCCGUUUAAGAGCCUCGUUGACCACGGCGUCCAAGAUCGAAGCCUGCACCGAGAUCGGUUUUCCAGUGCACCUAGUUUGCAGCAAGGCUUUCGGUCUACAAAUCAACCCUAUUUGGCGCCGGCUCAAGCAGGCUUUGGGGAAUUCCGUGACUCCAUCGUAAACGCACAAAUAGUUCCAAACAUACCCCAAACUUAUGAUUUGUCGACAUCAAACUUCUCUCUAGGCCUGCAAAUGUCACACGCGCCAGCGGCUCUUGAUAGCCGACUACUCCCUCCCAACCCCUACCAGUCUGCGUCUCAGAUCCCGAGCACAGCCGCACGUGCAACCUCUCAGCCAAAAGGGUCUAUCACGUCGCCACCGCGGGCGUCAAGUUGGGCGCAAGAUUUUGCAGCAAUUUCUAAGGCAUCGCCAGGUGCUGGUAUUUACGCACCAGGAUAUUCUUCUUCACAAUACCCAGCACCUGCAGCAGGGUUUACGCACGACAUAAUGGGAUCGCAAUCGAGACCAUGGUUGUUCGGACCUCAGGGCAGUUCUUCUCCCGUCAGAAACCACGGGCUGAAAAGCAACGAGGCUGAUUUUGAUCUCGAAAUGAAUCGGUGGAUGGCGGCCCACGGAGACGGGCGGAUGGAGGACCUGGACGCCAUCAUGGAACAGCUUGCGAUGGAACUGGAACAAGAGCAACAAACGAGAGCCGCAACGCAAUCACCCACAGAUGCCCUCGACGGUUGUGCAGAUACUGCUACAACCUCUGCUUCACACAUUUCCGUCCAGGACGGGGCACAACGAACCGAAGGAGUCGCUGCCACAGCUGCUAUAACCCAACAGGUAUCUGGUAGCCUCUCGGGACAUGAAAUUGAUGCCAUCAGUGUAGCGACAAGAGCCAGCCUUUCGGACCACGUGUUGGACUUGGAACGCCUACGCCUCGACGAAGCGAAUGAGGGCACACCCGAACCUGCAGAACAAGGCCAAUCCUUUUCGGAUAUUUCGGAGGCGGCAAGACAGAUCCUCGAGUCAGUUCAACAUGAACAAGGAGACAAAUGGAAAAAUUCCAGGUUUUUGUCUCUCAUGAAGGACUUUCGAGAUGGGAAUAAGGACAUCAUCAACAAUGAGAUCCUCGAAACCAGCGUGAACGACGAGCAGAUAGUAGAAAAUUGA